CGCAUUGUUAAAGGCCCGGCUCUAUAGCAAUUAUAGUAAGCCUCCCGUACGUCUUUCAUAAUAGUAGCGAAAGCCAGGCCUUGCGGCAAAGAAUAUCUCGGUGUAGCAUCAACUGUGGUGGGGAGUGGCCGGUCCCAGCCAUAAACUUACCCACGAUACCGCAAAAAUGCCAGCAAACACAAUGACCAGUAGUGAGCCAGCGGUUAAUGGCUUUGGGCCCCAGAGCUUGCCAACGCCAGGAGACGACGACGACGACUCGCUAUCCUCGCUGUCGGACAACCUGUCGAUUUGGAUCGACGGCGAGGAGCACUGGAUAUCCGGCGUGGACGCCAGCACCACCUGUGCAGAUCUAAUCUGCGCGUUAAUCAGCUACCAAAGCGUUCAGCAAGAUACGUUACCUAAAGAAGAUGCCCUCGCUGCUCGUCUGGGGGGGCUAGAGCCCAGCCAAAAACAUCCCGCCCAGACGCCACAGGAGUUUGCCAUCGUGCAGAAGCAGCGGCACUACGAGGAGUACUUGGACGGCAGUGCCAGGCUCUUUGAUGUUAUCACCAGCCGUCACGCUUUGCCGAAGGAGGAAUGCCAGCUUCAGCUUCGCCACUUGGCCAUUUCGACCCGCAAGCACACCCCGACCACGGACAAGGACAGUGGUAUGGGCAGUCCAGUGGACAGUUCGCGAAGCAUGCGCUUCCGGCGGCGGGGCAGGCACAAGGUGCUACCCUCCACUAAGACCGCGGAAAGCACCAGCAUUAAGCAGCCAAAGAGAAGCCGGAAACUACAGCAGAGGAACCAUCAACACAUUACUCCGAACGAGAGUCUGCUGAACAUUAUCCUGGCCCAGGAUGAGACCAUACUCCAGCAGAUGUCCAUGUUGCACGAGAAAGACAGACAGAUUUUGAAAAUCGAGGAGGAGAAGCACCGGGUGCGUGAACGAGAAUUGGGUAAAAACUACCUGCUUGAGACAUAUCUGAAGGACUUGGAUGAGCCCCAGGAAAACGGACCAGAAGACCGUGAAGUCUUCGAAGAGGAAAUACAGAGAUUACACGAGGAUGAUAAGGACUACCGACCGCCAAACGAUGGUGACACCGCCAAGGACGAGAUUUGCCUGUAUUGGCUGGAGAAGAUUCAUGCGGUAAACAAGCAACUGCAGCGGGAGGAGGAACUGCUGCUCAGCCUGCACGCCAAGGUGCGAAGACACCAGGUGAAGCGGGCCUAUCAAACGAAGAGCGAGGUGCUACUGCAAAUCGAUAGACUCGAUACAGAGCUGGCGGCUCAGGUGUCGGAUAUCCACCGAGUGGAACGGAAGCUUUUCACGGCCAAUGAACAGCUAAAAGCCAAGCUGGGUGUGCUUGAAUGUUUGGGUCGCGAAUUCGAGACAACGGUAUCGAGAGGCGAUCCAGAAGCCGCUGCCGCUGAAAGCGAUGAAACUGAUGAAGCGCCACAAAGCCCAUCAGUUGAUAUCCACCAGUCUGGGAAUCGUACGCCAGUUUUAAUGGGACACACCAGGCGCCGCGUGACGCAGCAAGAACUGACGGACAGGAACUUAAAGGAUCGACUAGUACCCGACAAGGGAUUAUCAAAGCAAAUGUUCAAAGUGAGCACAUCACCAGAUCCUCCUACCCCAACCGUCCUCAGAAGAGAAUUUUCACUUUCGCAAGUUCCGAAAACGGACAUUCAACACCUAGGCACCCUCGUUUAAAUUCCGCGAGGAACCUGUGGUGCACUUCAUUCAAGUAUCUCGUUAAACGUAUUUUGAACAUCAGUACCAAAUUUGUGUCAACUAACCAAAUAGAGAUUUCAUUCUUUGUUUAUGUUUAACA